UAACUGGUCUAAGCCUGACACACGUCCUUUAUAUUUUUUAAUUUUUUUAUUUCACUUUAAUCAUAAACAAAUUUUAAGCUCCCUAUCUUCUAUAAGAUGUAUUACAAUAUUAUAUUAUUCCUUAGUCUUAGUAUAAUUUUUAAUUGAGUGAGAUUUUGGUGAUGAUGUUUGCCUUUCUAUAACCUAAAGGUAGAUACCAUUUUUUGUAGGUUAUAAUGCAAUAUAGCCUAAGUACUAAAUUAUUUUAAUAAUUUUUCACAAAAAUUAUCAGAGUUUUUCUAAAAUAUCAAGGUUUUCAUGGUAAGAGAAGAAAAUAGGAUCUUCUGGGCUUAGGGUAUGCAAUGUAGAAAAUGAACUUGAAAAUCAAGGAUUCUUUCUCAACUACCUAAGAGUGAGAGUUUGAUUUAAAAAUCCUUAUUACAAUUCAUUAAAGAUGAAAACUAGAUCAGCGACACGAAAGAUGCAGAGUGUCCUCUUAGAAAACAAGAUCGGAGAAGGGAAUAUUUGUUCAAGAUGUCAUUGUGAAAUUGACAAAACUUAUGAUUUCACUAUCAAAGAAUCUUUAUUGUGCUGGAAAUGCUACGAAAAGGAAUUUCGUUUGAAUUCCUCAAACAAAGAUCCAAGCAAAGAUCUAGUGAGAUGCACGGAAAUAACAUCAAUCAGGACAUUCAUUGACAGCUUGAAGUGUCGACCUGUUUUGCUUCUAUUACUUUUGGCCGCCUGUUGGUGUUGUUAUUUGAUCGUCUCUACAAUAAUCGCGAGUCUUUUUAAAACGAACUCCGGGAAUAUGAAGUGCAAAGAUGCAGAGUCAAUACUCACUGACGUGCUUCUUUUAAGAACAGAGUUUUCGAGGCAGUAUGACGAGACAUGGUUUGAUUUUGCUGCUGGCAUAGAUAGUGUAGUGAAUUCAGAUCCGGCCAGACCGACCACGUUUCUGCUGUUGCAUGAGGACGGUGCUCGAGCAGUUGCCAGAUUGCUGAGUGAGCGAAUUGCGUCACUAGCAGCCGGCUGCAUGAACGGCGAAGUGUUGCAGUUAGAAGCAGAGCAACUAGGCCAACAACUGGACUCUGAUGGUGGCAGAUUGUUGACCGAAUACAGAGACAAAAUCCACGUUGCAAAGGUUGUUUUUAUCGACAACUUCCAUCGUUUGCCGGCGGAACUUGCUAAACAGUUACACCAUUUGUGUGAUUUUCAUCAGCCAGUUGUGGGUCGCGUAGUGUAUGUGUUUGUGAUGCGUGUGGACCACCUGCCAACUGAAACCAACAAAACUGUCGCUGCCGAGGAGGCUCUGUAUGAAUUGUGGGCGCCUCAUCUCCACCACUACCUACUUGAUCCUCUCAUAACUAGAAUUACUGGCAAUGUUAUAAGAGUCGCCAGAUAAUAUCUGUUAAUGAACCAACAGUCAAUAGUGCCUUCACUUACCUUGAAUAUCGAUGUAAUAACUGAGUGACUGCAAAUAAUUGAAAAACAUCAGUAUAGUAUGGGACAAGAAGAGAACUCAGCAUCCCCUAAUUGCUGGGUAUGAUUCAAAUACUAGUCACUUAUGAAUUUAGAACAAUAAUAAAAUAGAAAUGUUAACAUUUUAACCAAAGAUAACAGCUAAAUGAAGAAUUGAGACUAUUUACAGGGAUACCUCAGGGAUCUAUAUUGGGGCCCCUUCUUUUCAUAAUAUAUUAAUGAUAUCCAAUAUCGCUACGCAGACAAGUUUCCGAUUAGGCCUACGUUGUAUGCUGAUGAUACCUCUCUAAUGAUCAGCGAUAAGUGUAUUGAAAAUUUAGAGGUGAACAUGAAUAUAAAUAGCAAUAAUGUGACCCAGUAUUUCAGUGAUAUCAAAAGUAAAUUAAAGUGAUAUUAGAAGUAAAUCGGUAUUUCAGUAAAUAAAAGGAAAUGUAAUAUGAUGUAAAA